GGGAAAGGACAAAAAGCUCCGCCUGCAAAUUCGAACUCCUAAAAGCACCAAAAACUAGAAUUCAAGUGGAGGAAACAACAAAAAUGGCCACUAGCUAGACCACAAAAUAGAAGCACAAGAACAAGAGAGAUGGGAGAAUACGCAAAAGUACUCCGUUGUGGCUGAUCGGAUUUGCUUAUCUAUCCACCUGAAGCUGAACGAACAGAGACGCUAUCACAAUCACUAAAGCAAAAAAGGCGGGAAAAUGGCGGCAGUGAAGAGGAUUAAGUUGGGUUCGCAAGGUCUCGAGGUGUCGGCACAGGGGCUCGGUUGCAUGGGAAUGUCUGCCUUCUACGGCCCUGCCAAGCCCGAUUCCGACAUGAUCGCUCUAAUCCACCAUGCUAUCAACAGCGGCGUCACUUUCUUCGAUACCUCUGAUGUCUACGGCCCUCGCACCAACGAAACCCUUCUCGGCAAGGCUUUCAAGGAAGGUGUUAGGGAGAAAGCAGAGCUGGCUACCAAAUUUGGAUCCGUCUUUGAAGAAGGAAAGAGAGGGUACAGGGGAGAUCCUGCUUAUGUAAGAGCUGCUUGCGAGGCCAGCUUGAAGAGGCUCGAAGUUGACUGCAUUGAUCUCUACUACCAACAUCGCGUUGACACCACAGUACCAAUUGAAGCCACGGUUGGCGAGAUGAAGAAGCUAGUUGAAGAGGGCAAAAUCAAGUACAUUGGUCUCUCCGAGGCCUCCGCGGCGACGAUCAGGAGAGCUCAUGCUGUUCAUCCCAUAACAGCAGUGCAGUUGGAGUGGUCCUUGUGGUCAAGAGAUGUGGAGGAAGAGAUCAUCCCUACUUGCAGAGAACUUGGGAUUGGGAUUGUUGUCUACAGUCCCCUUGGCAGAGGGUUCUUUGCCUCGGGGCCUAAACUUCUCGAUAGCCUCGACGAUGGAGACUUUCGAAAGAUGCAACCGAGGUUCCAAGGCGAAAAUCUGGAUCACAACAAGACCCUAUUCGAGAAAGUUAAUGCAAUGGCGAAUCGAAAAGGAUGCACACCAUCACAACUGGCGCUUGCAUGGGUGCACCACCAGGGAGAUGAUGUAUGUCCCAUACCAGGAACCACCAAGAUCGAAAACUUUGAUCAGAAUGUUGGAGCUUUGUCUGUGAAGCUCGCACCAGAGGAAAUGUCUGAACUGGAAGCCAUGGCUUCAGAUGAUGCUGUGAAGGGUGAUAGGUACAUGGAGGGCAUAGCCACAUUCAAGGGUGCUGAUACUCCACCUUUCUCUUCAUGGGAAAGUGCUUAAACUGAAAUGGCUCGUGCAAUUGUGCUAGGGUUUCCUUUUAUGGUUUCAAUAAGUGCGUAUGGUUUGGCACUCCAAUUUACUAAUAAGGCUUUCAAAGUUUGAAGUUAAAAGCCUGUUUUGAGUUUCAUAUACCUGAGGACAGGUUACUCAUACCUUCCUAAUAUAACUAUAUAAGCUUAGUCCAUUAGGCUUUUUGUGGCAUGAUCACGAUUCACGAC